UGGUCAAGUUUGGCUGGGUUGGUUCACCCUUGUGAUCCUUUAGAGAAGCGCCUCGUAGUUCGUUCUCUCCCGCGACACUCUGUCGAGUUUCUUUGUGUGUGUUUCCAUGGAGUUGGAAGUGAAGUUGGUAGGGAACAUAGACAACUGCUUCGUAUCUCUUCCUCUUCCUCUUAUCCAACUUCUGCAUUCCACACGGUCGACGCCCCUCCCUCAUAUUCUCACCCUCGAGCUUCGCUCUCGCUCUGAUGAUCUCUGGUUCGUUGCUUGGUCCGGAGCCACUUCUAACUCUAAUGCCAUAGAGGUUGCGCAACAUUUUGCAGAAUGCAUUUCCUUGCCAGAUCAUGCUAGAGUGCAAGUAAAAGCUGCUUCUAACGUGCCACACGCUUCUCUGAUUACAAUAGAACCCCAUACAGAAGACGACUGGGAAAUUUUGGAGCUGAACUCUGAGCAAGCUGAGGCAGCAAUUUUAAACCAGGUAAGGAUUGUCCAUGAAGGAAUGAGAUUUCCUUUGUGGUUGCAUGGUCACACAAUGAUUACGUUCUUUGUUGCUUCUGUUAUUCCCAAGAAAGCGGUGGUGCAACUCAUGCCAGGAACUGAAGUAGCAGUUGCCCCAAAAAGACGUAAAAGGUUUUCAGAUUCACUUGCGGACUUGCAUCCAGAUUCCUAUAAUAGACAACACACUUCAAAGAUGCUGCUUCGCAUACAGGAUCCAGACCAGUCGUGUCACACUAGUGCUUGUGUCAAAGGAGUUGAUCUUCAUAUGGAGCUUACUUCUGCUGCUUUUGUUCACCCAGAAACAAGCAAACGGUUGUCACUCAAUAAUAGGCUUCAGUUGGUCUACAUAGUUCCAAGAAUAGCUAACAAGAAGGCCAAUGGUGCUUCCAAAACGAACAUUAUGAAAACAAAAGGCAGUUCAGCUACUAGGGAAGUUGACUCUGGAAAUUUAACUGAUGAUAAAGGAUGUAGGCAAGCAAUUGUUUAUCUUCUGCUUUCAGAGUCAGUGGCCAAGGGACAUGUGAUGGUUUCUAAAUCUCUUCGACAGUAUUUAAGAGCUGGUCUGCAUUCAUGGGUCUAUUUGAAGGCAUGUGAUGUUAAUUUGGAAAAAGCUAUUCCCUCCUUCUCUCUUUCUCCUUGCCACUUCCGAAUGUUAAGGCAAGACAAUGAUGGUGAUAAUCAUAUAGAUAAGAACAAGCUCACAAGGACUGCAUCAGGUGUCUUUGGAGAUCUUGUGGAUUGGUCUAUCCAUAAUGAAGUUAUUAACGUUCUUUCAGAUGAAUCCCAUUCUCAAGCAGAUGAAGAUGUUGCAAAUCAGUCGGAGAAUCUAAAUGGACUACAGCAUCUUCUAAGACUAUGGUAUAUUGCACAACUUGAUGCGGUUGCUUCCUUUACUGGUAUGGAGGUUAAUGCACCAGUAUUGGGUAGUAAAACCUUACUUCAUUUUGAAGUCAGUUACAUAAAGCUUGGGAUUAAUGGAAAGGUUCAGUUGGCUUCUAAUUCAUCAGAAAACAGAAACAAGACAGCUGAACUAUUGUUUUUGCUAACUAUUGGUGAAGAUUCCUUGCAUCACGGAAAAAUCACUGCAUAUGAAAUUGCACUUGGUGAAAGAAACAAAAUGAACAGAAAUCCAGCAGAUCAACAGCUGUUUAAAAGGCUAAAGUUCACUGAUCCCGUGUCUAUCCAAUCUCUAGAAGAUAAAAUAUCUGAAGAACAUAUUACUUCAGAAGUAACAAGCCUUGACUUGAUGGGGGCAACUGCUUCUGAUGUUAUCAAUAGGGUGACAGUAUUGUUAUCUUCUGCUUCUGGUAUGUGGUUUGAUUCAUAUGACUUGCCGCUCCCAGGACAUAUUCUUAUAUAUGGACCUUCAGGCUCUGGCAAAACUUCACUAGCAAGGACUGUUGCAAAGUACUUUGAGAAACAUGGAGACAUCUUAGCACACAUAAUUUUUGUUUCUUGUUCAAAAUUAGCUUUGGAGAAUGUCCCAACAAUCCGGAAAGAAGUUACUAACAACGUUAUGGAAGCUUUAGAUCAUGCACCUUCUAUUGUCAUCUUUGAUGAUCUUGAUAGCAUGAUUUCCACCUCUGAGUCGGAAGGGCCUCAACUUUCAAUGUCUGCUGCUGGACUCGCAAGUUUUCUGACUGACAUUAUUGAUGAAUAUGGGGAGAGAAGGCGAAAAUCAUGUGGGUUUGGACCAAUAGCCUUCAUAGCUUCUGUACAAGCUCUUGAGAAGAUACCACAAUCUUUAAGCUCUUCAGGGAGAUUUGACUUUCACAUACAGCUGCCAGCUCCUGCAGCUUCAGAGCGGGAGGCUAUGUUGAGGCAUGAAAUAAAAAGGCGUCAAUUGGAAUGUGCUGAUGACAUCCUGCUUGACGUAGCUGUCAAAUGUGAUGGCUAUGAUGGUUAUGAUCUGGAAAUAUUGGUUGAUAGAGCUGUCCAUGCUGCUGUUUCCCGCUUUCUCCCAUCAAAUGCUGCUCUUAAUGAGCAUGAGAGCCCUUUACUUAUGGAAGAUUUCUCUCAGGCAAUGCAUGAUUUUCUUCCAGUUGCAAUGCGAGACAUUACAAAAGCUUCUUCUGAUGGUGGACGCUCUGGCUGGGAUGAUGUGGGAGGCCUUGAUGACAUUCAAAACACCAUUAAGGAGAUGAUAGAGUUGCCUUCUAAGUUUCCAAGAACUUUUGCGCAAGCUCCUUUGAGGUUAAGAUCAAACGUCCUUUUAUAUGGACCUCCUGGUUGUGGCAAAACUCACAUAGUUGGUGCAGCUGCUGCUGCUUGUUCUCUACGUUUCAUAUCUGUGAAAGGGCCAGAACUGUUGAACAAAUACAUUGGUGCUUCUGAACAAGCUGUUAGGGAUAUAUUUUCUAAAGCAGCUGCGGCAGCACCAUGUCUACUCUUUUUUGAUGAAUUCGAUUCGAUUGCCCCCAAGAGAGGACAUGACAAUACUGGAGUCACUGAUCGUGUUGUGAAUCAAUUUCUGACCGAGUUAGAUGGUGUUGAGAUUUUAACAGGGGUAUUUUUUUUUGCUGCUACCAGUAGACCGGAUUUGCUUGAUGCGGCACUUUUAAGACCAGGCAGGUUAGAUCGACUUCUGUUCUGUGACUUUCCAUCUCAGCAGGAAAGGCUUGAAAUUCUUACCGUACUUUCCAGAAAGUUGCCCCUGGCCAGUGAUGUGGAUUUGGCUGCUGUAGCUCAUAUGACCGAAGGAUUUAGUGGAGCUGAUCUCCAAGCUCUCCUUUCAGACGCCCAACUUGCAGCAGUUCAUGAAGUCUUGGAUGAUGCGAACACCUCUGGGCCUGAGAGAAGACCGGUUAUUACAGACACUCUUCUCAAGGUUAUUGCCUCCAGGGCUAGACCGUCUGUUUCAGAUGAGGAGAAAAGAAGACUUUACAGCAUUUACAGCCAGUUCCUAGAUUCAAAGAGAUCUGUUGCUGCUCAGUCAAGAGAUGCAAAAGGCAAGAGGGCAACUCUAGCGUGACAAUGUGAUGCAGUAGAAUGCUUUUUCAUGAGGUGGAGAUUCCUGUUUGGUUUUCCUCUUCAUGUUUUCUUUUUCUCUGCAUUUGUGUGCCAUUUAUAAAGUAAAUAUGUGCCAACCCAAUAUUCAUUUUGGCCUCUCCAUUAGUUGUAUCUGAUGGUGCAAAGUAAUUUUUGCAGUGUAAUUAAUAAUUUGUAAAAAAUGAUGUAUCUAUAAAUUCGUUUUGCAAAGAACAGGCAUCCAUAGUUUUUUGUUUUUUUU